GAUUCCGGAUUUUGAAGAACGCUUCUCCGACUGGGGCGGCUGUGAACCCCUAGGCUGCCCGGCCUCGGACUGGGACAUAAAUAUAUAGUCCGAGAAGCUGACCAAGAUGACCUCCCUUCUGGAACGGCUGCACGCCAAAUUUAACCAAAACAGACCUUGGAGCGAAACCAUUAAGCUGGUUCGACAAGUGAUGGAGAAGCGAAUGGUGAUAUCGUCCGGAGGGCACCAGCAUUUGGUCGGCUGUUUGGAAACUUUGCAGAAGGCGCUCAAAGUGACGUCUUUGCCAGCCAUGACUGACCGACUGGAAUCCAUAGCGAGGCAAAAUGGUCUGGGCUCUCACCUGAGUGCCAGCGGCACGGAGUGCUAUAUCACGUCAGACAUGUUCUACGUGGAGGUUCAGUUGGAUACCUCCGGGCAGCUGUGUGACGUCAAAGUGGCUCACCAUGGAGAGAAUCCCGUGAGCUGUCCGGAGCUGGUGCAGCAGCUGAGGGAGAAAAACUUUGAUGAAUUCUCAAAGCACCUUAAGGGGCUCGUGAACCUGUAUAACCUGCCGGGGGACAACAAACUGAAGACCAAAAUGUACCUGGCGCUUCAGUCUUUGGAGCAGGAUCUGUCGAAGAUGGCCCUGAUGUAUUGGAAGGCGACCAACGCCAGCCCUCUGGAUAAGGUCCUCCACGGCAGUGUUGGCUACCUCACCCCGAGGAGCGGGGGGCACCUGAUGAACCUGAAGUAUUACGCGUCCCCCUACGACCUCUUGGAGGGGAAGACGGCGGCUCCCAUCGUUUUGCACGAGAGCAACGUGCCUCGGAGUCUGGGUCUGAACGCCUCGGUGACCAUCGAGGGGACGUCCACGAUGUACAAACUCCCCAUCGCCCCUUUGAUCAUGGGGUCACAUCCGGUGGACAACAAGUGGACCCCUUCCUUCUCCUCCGUCACCAGCGCCAACAGUGUCGACCUGCCUGCCUGUUUCUUCCUGAAAUUCCCCCGGCCGAUCCCGGUGUCCCGGGCGUUCGUUCAGAAACUCCAGAGCUGCACGGGAAUCCAACUCUUCGAUGCCCAGCCCGCUUACGUGCCUCUCUAUGAACUGAUCACCCAGUUUGAGCUGUCCAAGGACCCGGACCCCGGACCCCUGAACCAUAAUAUGCGCUUCUACGCGGCUCUUCCCGGCCAGCAGCACUGCUAUUUCCUCAACAAAGACGCCCCUCUCCCGGACGGACGGAGCCUGCAGGGCGUCCUCGUCGGGAAGAUCGCCUUUCAGCACCCCGGCCGGGUCCCCGCGGUCCUCGGCCUCAUCCGGCACCAGGUGGCCUAUAACACCCUCAUCGGGAGCUGCGUCAAGAGGACGAUCCUGAAAGAAGAUUCUCCCGGGAUCCUCCAGUUUGAGGUGUGUCCCCUGUCUGACUCCUGUUUUAGCGUGUCCUUCCAGCACCCUGUGAAUGACUCCCUGGUUUGUGUGGUGAUGGAUGUGCAGGACGCCACGCACGUCAGCUGCAAACUCUACAAGGGCCUGUCGGACGCCCUCAUCUGCACCGACGACUUCAUCGCCAAAGUCGUCCAAAGGUGCAUGUCCAUCCCGGUGACGAUGCGGGCCAUCCGCCGGAAAGCGGAAACGAUUCAGGCGGACACGCCGGCGCUGUCCCUGAUCGCGGAGACGGUGGAAGACCUGGUGAAGAAGAACCUGCCCCCGGCUAGCAGCCCAGGGUACGGCCUGAGCGCAGGCAGCAACCCGCUGAGCGGGGCCACCCCGCCGCCGCCCAGCCCCUUUCCGGGGGGGCCCAUUACCACCCUGUUUAACCUGAGCAUGAACCUGAAAGAACGGCACGAGGCGGUGGGCCACGGGGAGGACUUCAGCAAGGUGUCCCAGAACCCCAUUCUCACCAGUCUGUUGCAAAUCACAGGGAACGUGGGCGCGCCGCCCCUCGGCUCCAGCCCGACCCCUCCUCACCAUACGCCGCCGCCCGUCUCCUCGCCCGCCAGCAACACCAAGAACCACCCGAUGCUCAUGAACCUUCUUAAGGAGAACCCGGCCCAGGAUUUCUCCACGCUCUACGGGGGCGGCCCCCUGGAGAGGCCCAACUCCGCCUCCUCGGCCGGCUCGCCCCGGACCGAGGUGGGCCCGGCGGGGGCCAAGCCCAAGAAGAAGAAGGCGGCCAGGGCCGCGGCGGCGGCUGCAGCGGCGGCGGCGGCGGCGGCCGCGGCCGCCCCGGCCCCCGCCCCCGAGAAGCCCCGGCACCAGACGGAGGACGACUUCCAGCGGGAGCUGUUCUCCAUGGACGUGGACUCCCAGAACCCCAUCUUCGACGUGAACAUGGCGGGCGACCCGCUGGACACGCCGCACAUCACGCCGGCCCCCAGCCAGUGCGGCACCCCCCCGGCCGGCUACCCGCCGCCCCUGCCCCCGCCGCCGCCCGGCGCCCAGCGGAUGGUCCGCCUGUCCAGCUCGGACAGCAUGGGGGCCGACGUGACGGACAUCCUGCAGGACAUCGCCGAGGAGGCCGCCAAGCUGCCCGGCGCCGGGGACGACUGCCCGGCGCUGGGGACCCCGGCCCGCGACUCGGCCAGCUCGGGCCACUCCCAGGGCGCCCUGUUCGACCCGGACGUCUUCCAGGCCGGGGCCGGCGAGAACCCCUACACGGACCCGGCCGACCUGAUCGCGGACGCGGCCGGCAGCCCCGGCGGCGACUCCCCCGGCAACCCCUUCUUCCCCGACGGCGUGGACUUCAACCCCGACCUCCUCAACAGCCAGAGCCAGACGGGCUUCGGGGAGGACUACUUCGACGAGAGCAGCCAGAGCGGGGACAACGACGACUUCAAGGGCUUCGCCCCGCAGGCGCUCGGCGGGCUGGGCGUGCCGGGCCUGGCCGGCGACGGCGGCGGCGACGGCGGCAAGUUCCGGGGCGCCGGCCCGGCCGAGGCGGCGGACUUCGGCCUCCUGGCCGCGGCCGGCAAGGCCCCGGGCCCGGCGGAGCUGCCGGACCACCGGGGCGGGAGCCAGAGCCCGCUGCCGGGCGGCGGGGACCCGGCCCGGGAGCGGGCCCCCAAACGGGCCAAGGACGGCAACGGGGGCGGGGCCGGGGCCGCCCCGGACCCCAGGCCCGGGAAGCGCAGCCGCACCCCGUCCAGCGACGGCAAAGGCAAGGACAAGCCCCCCAAGCGCAAGAAGGCCGACCCCGAGGGCAGGUCGCCGUCGCACGGCUCGGCCGCCCGGCCCUUCACCCCGCCGGCCAGCACGGGCGGCUCCAAGUCCCCCGGCAGCUCGGCCCGGUCCCAGACCCCGCCGGGCGUCGCCACCCCGCCCAUCCCCAAGAUCACCAUCCAGAUCCCCAAGGGCACCGUCAUGGUGGGCAAGCCUUCCUCGCACGGCCAGUACUCCGCCGGCGGCGGCGGCGGCGGCGGCGGCGGCGGACCCGCCUCCUCCUCCUCGGCCGGCAAGGCCCACCACGGCCACUCCUCGGCCGCCUCCUCCUCCUCCUCGGCCUCCUCGGCGGCGGCCGGCGGCUCGGCUUCCUCCUCCUCCUCCUCCUCCGCCUCCGCCUCGGCCAAGGCGAAGGGCGGCAAGGCGGACGGCGCGGCGGGCUCCAAGCUGGGCGGCGGGCUGUACCCCGGCCCGGCGGGCCCCGGCCCCGGCCAGCAGCCCAAGGGCUCGGCCCAGCCCCUGGGGAAGCCCGGCCCCUCGCCUGUCGCCAAGGCCGGAGGGCCGGGCGGCGGCUCCGGGGGCCCCAAGGCCAAGCCCCAGGGGAAGCCCUCGUCGCUGCUGAACCCCGCCCUGAGCAAGCCCAACAUCUCGCCCUCACACUCGCGGCCCGCCGGGGCCUCCGACAAGCUGGCCUCCCCGCUGAAGCCCGUGCCGGGCACGCCCCCGUCGGCCAAGGCCAAGUCCCCCAUCGGCUCGGGGGCCGGCGGCGGCCACGCGGCCGGCCCCGGCCCGUGCCCCGGGGCCAAGUCGUCCUCGGGGCCGGGGGCGGCCGGCCCCCCGGCCCCCAAGCCGCCCCCCGCCCCGGGCCCCUGCCCGGCCUCCUCGGCCGCCUUCGCCCCCGGCGGGGGCCCCGGCCCCGCGGCCCCCGCCCCCCACGGCGGCUCCAAGGGCAAGUCCCCCAGCCGGAACAAGAAGCCGUCCCUCACGGCCGUCAUCGACAAGCUGAAGCACGGGGUGGUGGCCGGCGGGCCCGGCGGGGAGGACCCGGCCGACGGGCCGGCGGGGCCCGGCGCCCCCGGCCACCCCUCCGCCGCCGGCGCCGCCGCCAAGCACGGCCCGCCCGGGCCCGACUUCCCGGGGAAGCGGGAGAAGGGCGACGGCAAGGACAAGUCCAAGGGCUCCGGGGGCGCGGGCGACCCCGCCAAGAAGGGCCCGGACCCCAAGGGCGUGGGCGGCGGCACCGGGGUGGCCAAGAUCAUCAUCAGCAAGCACGACGGCAGCUCGCCCAGCAUCAAGGCCAAGGUGACCCUGCAGAAGCCCGGCGACGGGGGCGGGGACGGCCUGAGGCCCCAGGCGGCGGCGGCGGCGGCGGUGGCGGCGGCGGCCCCCAAGGGCUACGGCUCGCCGCUCCUCAGCGGCUCCACGCCCAAGCACGAGCGCAGCUCCCCCAGCCACGGCAAGUCGCCCGCCUACACCCCCCAGGCCCUGGACAGCGAGAGCGAGUCGGGCUCGUCCGUGGCCGAGAAGUCCUACCAGAACAGCCCCAGCUCGGACGACGGCAUCCGGCCCCUGCCCGAGUACGGCUCCGAGAAGCACAGGAAGCACAAGAAGGACAAGAAGAAGGUCAAGGACAAGGACCGGGACCGCGACCGCGACAAGAAGAGGUCGCACGGCCUCAAGCCCGACGGCUGGUCCAAGUCGCCCGCCGACCAGGCCCUGGGCCCCGCGGCCGGGGCCGUCCUGGCGGCCGAGCGGCCCUCGCGGCUCAGCCCCGACUUCGUCAUCGGCGAGGAGGACGACGACCUCAUGGACGUGGCUCUGAUCGGCAACUAGAGGCCUCCCCUCGCC